GAACUUAUUUCAUACCACGUGUCAGUACACCGCUGCUUUCCCGAACUUUCACCUGCCAUGAUAUGAGCCAGAAACUCCGAUUUGCUCAGUUAACAGUCUUUUUCCGACUCUCAAAACCAUUACCUUUAGCAUCAAAUGGCUUCAGCGUCUCCAAAUCGCCAUGGUGCCGAAGCAUCAAACGCUCCAUCGCCAUGACAUCGCAGCAACAAACCGCAACGGCGACAGCCACACGCACCCCGGAGAACCGUAUCCUUAUCGCGCGACUACUCCUCCCCCAUCCGCCAAACCGUCCUCACAGCACCACCCUACGCCUAUAGCCCUUUCACCCACCGCCUCGACCUUCAUCCGCAACGACCGCAUCCUCAUCCCACCCACGGUCCAGCACAUCUACGGCAUCGAUGCGAUCCACCAAGCGCUGUGGCUCUUCGGCAUGACGAGCGAAGCGUGCCAGAUGGCCGACAUGAUCCUCGACGCACUCAAGAGCCGUGCGAUCACGGUCGAGGAGGUCGAGGGGAUCUGGGAGAACGCAAUAAUAUCGAACGAAGCGCUUCGGUUCGUGCAGCCGAUGGGCGACAAUCUUGCAAUUUGGGUACGACUUCAUGACGGCGAAGGCGCGCGGCGACGAUGUUCUCCCGGGUAUGCUACAGGUGCCUCCGCUGCUGAGUCCGCGGACGGCUGCGCUACGAGUGACGGCUCAACUUUUGCCCGUGGUGUCUGUGCCGCUGUAUUCGCGGACGCCCGCGGGGGGCUUGGGAAUUGGAAGCUCGAUAGGAUCAGAGCGUGGAUUGUGGAGCAGAGGGAAGGUAUACUAGCCGCGGGGACGGCACACUAUCUCAAUGAUGCGCAGAAUCGGAUAAUCACGUUCUUGGAACUUAUAUGAAGGGGAAAGCAGGUCACCGGCAGAGGAAAAAUAACAGCGGACACUUCAAAGCUGGCGUUGAAUACGAUGCCCUACAGGCGUCUGGUAUGAGCGACGGCGGAGCUUAGGGCUUGAAGACAGAAUAUUAUCAUGGAGUAUGGGUUGGACAUCAUGCGAAGUUAGGGGCGCUACUAGUGUCUAGGGUGGGUAUCAGCAGCCAGUGCCUGCGUGCUCGGGCAGCCGAUGGAGAGCAUGGCUGAUUUUCAUGGUCAGCGUUUAUUCAUUCGAUAC